AUGUUUUUGCGCCUUGGUGCUGCAUCAGUCAGAGGCGUCUGUUUCCAUCGUGCGGAACGCUCCACACCGACAAUUCUUGAAGAUCAAGAGGCGGAAGACUUUGAGGAGGCCGAGUACCGCCAGCUUUCGCGUGAGGGCUAUAGAUUUCAGCAUUUACCGCAUCACGAGAUGUCCACGACCCAGGAUCUAGACCAGCUAUUGGACGAACUUCGACGCACAAGCCUCGACUACUCCACUGGACGUCUCCCUUCGUCCAUCAACGGUCACGCCUCCCGGGCACAUGGAGGCGGUGGCGUUUCCGGACCUGGACGGUACACCGCCAGGUCCUACUCUCUGACCGGCGCCAAUCAGCGACAAAGCAGUGUGGGGGGGACUGCGGGGACCAAGUGGACCUCCUAUCAACGAUCCCAGGCGUUCUCCAGCGAGAGAUCUCAGAUCUCAGGUCCCACAACGCCGACUUUUGUGCGCAAUGCCACCCCCGCUCCCCAGACACCAGGCCAGCAGCGCUACCAGACGACCUUCCGCACCACCCUACAACACCGACCGCCGCUUUCGCCUAAGCGAUUCAACCAGAUCAAUGUAACCAUCGAUCCGGAAUUCGGGACUACCUCGUCUUCGAUGGUGGCGGACAAUCGUGGCUUCCUGUCGCCACCAACAAUGUCACGACCCCCGCAACCACCCUCGUCCCCAUUGGCUGCUUCCGCGGUGCCGGUUGCCAUGGAGAAGGGAUCGGAGACGAUCAGCUACCGCGAACUUCAACUCCUUGAGGAACUUUCUAGCGCGCGUCAGGAGUUAGCGAUGCUGAAGAGGGCCAGCAGUGUCAUCGACGAGCCCUUGCACAAGCCCCCGACCCCCUCAACUCUCCCCACUCAGCGCAGGGCUUACCAACACCGCGAGAAUAUGGAGGUCUUCACCAACAGACAGUACCAAUCACAUCACGAUACUCAACAGGGAUCGAGCGUUUAUCGACCACAUGGACGAUAUGAAGGCCUAAUGUGUGUGUGUGUGCGUGAGUGCGUGUGCUUUCCUUGUUUACCAAUGAUUGUGUGCCGUUGCACCAACCUGCAAGCUUUCUCAUUGGCCGACCGCGAACUCUGCUCCCAUUGGUCCGCUGGUGCGCACGAGAGCACCGCUUCGUCUAGUCUCGUCUCUUCUACUGUGUUUGCGACACAACUUUUAAACGGUGUGACUCUCCACCUCCUGCUCUCGCCUGAGAAUGCCUUCUGGUGCCAAUUAAGUCAUUUGCUUGCCAACCAGUCACCACACAUCGAUGUGAUGUUCGCGACGGUUCAGCCCUGUUCCAAACUCCCGCCACAAUUCCCCCCCACCGCGGUCCGACACCGACCGUCUGCGGUGCCGUUGAAGGGUCCGCUACGAGCGCGACACUCGCGCGACUGCCACAAGAACGGGAUCUGUGAGUACUGUUGGAACCUCGAAACCCACACCACUUCUGUCGUGGACGAGACGUCCGCGUGCCUCUCAGACAACCCCUUCACUGACGACGACGACGACGCCUACAGCGAGUCUUCACCUAGCAGUUGUCUAGACGAUGAACUCUUCAACGGUUUUGAUCAGAUGGAUGACGCUGUUCCCAAGCUGCUUGACGAGGAAUUAAAGCCUUCGAAGCCAAAGGCCCUUUACGUCACUUGUAAACCCCCAGCAGCGUUGGCUAAUGGUGAAAUGGUUACUAGGAGACGGGUGAUUAGGCGGCGUAUCAGUAGACCCUCUCUUCCCCCACUUGCUAAUCGAUCCUUCCACAAUAGCCGCGAGAGUGCUUCGAUUAAGUCACGCUCAGAUUUGACAGGAGAUUUUGCUUCAUCGACAGUAUUUCGUUCCACCGAUCGUCUUUUUUCUCCACCGCUAGAUUCUGGAUUCGUUCUUGGAACGCCGAAACGCGCAAUGAGCUCGGCGAACAUCACGAGUAGCCAAUCGUGGAACUACCGAAACGGUGUCAUGUCUGGCACACAAAGCCCUACUCCCGGCUACUCAUCGAUGCGUUCAACCGCCGGCUACCUGACGCCAAAGUCGCAAGGCUAUUCAGCACGACGGGAGCGUCUUCGUCAGGAGGCAGAACACGCCGAGGCCCUUCGACAGAGCACUCAACGCAUGAACUACGUCGCCGCCUCCUCUAGCGACCUCCGUGCUUCGUCGUCGUUGCGCCAGCAACGUCGACAACAGCACUACCACUCUAUGUCCACCAUCCAGCCCGAGCGUACUGGAUUCGAGGAGGUCGAGACUGUGACCUUACAGCCGAUUGGUCGAGGCGUUCAGGACCUUGAUUCCAACAUGGGAUCCACUGCUACGUUGAAUAGACCUCGUCGACCUGUGGCGUCUUCGAUGCUAGAAGGUCUGAAUCGGAUGGACAACUACACGGUCACCAGGCAACCAAGGACAAACAUGGCACCGUUUGGAAGGCAGGCGUCUGCGGUAGAUGUUAAUCAGUCUAUCAACGCGCGUCCACAACACGCCGCCUCAAAUUCGUUCUUGUCGUCGUUGAGGCGUCAGUCGGCAGGUGGGAUGAGCGACACCGCGGGCUACCACCACCACCACCAGCAGCAGCAACAGCAGCUCUUUACCAGUACCACGACCACGAACACCUCCACCAACAAGACCGCGACCGUGGUGCACAACGACGGACCAAAAUUCGUCUCCCAACCGCAACUCAGCCAGACGGUGGUUCCGAGUCUGGAGAGGUCACAGCAGGAUAGCGAGGCCAGCACGCUCGUGGGCGGGACUGUCGAUCUGGCGCAGGUGGAGGCCACUUCGCCCAUUUGGUAUCGAUUGAAGCUGUCGCGGCAGGAAGCAAUUUCCAUUCUCAAAAAUCAACCUCCCGGGAGUUUCCUCGUCCGCGACAGCACCACUUUCAAGGACGCCUACGGAUUGGCCGUGAAGAGUACGAAGCCACCGAACAAAGCCAAUCAGAAAUCCGACGACAUCAACAACGACCUGGUGCGUCACUACCUCAUUGAGACGGUGACGACACCGACGCGCGGUGUGCGCAUCAAAGGCUUCAGCGCGGAACGCGUCUUUCCCAACCUCCUCGCACUCAUCCACUACCACACCCAGUUCCCUGUCGCCCUGCCCUGUUGCCUGGUGUUACCUCCGGUGCCUCCAAGUCAGACUUCCGGAGCUGUUCUCGCCUCCAAUGCCUCUUCCAUCGUCGGAAACGGUGGUGGUGGCGGAGGAGGUGGUGGUGGUGGUGACUCGGAUUCAGUGACGCUUGUCCAAAACAACGGGUCACGGAGCAAAGACCAAACCCCAGUGAGCUUCCACUCAAUGAAUGAAACAGGGAACGGCACCGACACUCACCCUGCCCGCAACAUUACCUCCCCGAUCUCUCCCACCGCCGGCAUGUUCCCCAGCGGUCUUGCUAGUCCCCCACCCAAUAUCUCCUGUAGAUGUUUGUACCUCGGUGCGGUUGAAGUGGACGCCACGUUGAAGGAGGCGGGUCUGAUGCAGGCUGUGGACGCUCUCAUUCCCGGCGCGGUGCUCCAAGCUGAGGUCUGCGACCAAGGCGGCGUCGACUGUCCUGUGCAGUACACGGAAUGUCAGUUGCAGGCGGCGCACAACGAGGGCAUCCUUCUCACCGACCUCUCCCGGAAACUCUUCUUCCAACGCCACUUCUCCGCCAGCAGCUUCGUCUACGCCGGCGUCGAUCCAAGGGACAAAGUGUUCAUUCACCCCAAUCAUUCAGCCCUUGGACUGGACAAGCCAAAGCUCUUUGGUUUCAUCAUAAAGAAGAUGAGCGGUGAGUACGUGGGUCACGUGUUCUCGGAGUUCGACGCCAACAUUCCGGCUGCCAACGUCACCGCACAAAUCAACUCCCUCCUUCUUAGCAAGUAA